AUGUGUGACUUCUUCUGGCAAAGGAUGGAGAACGACCAGGGCGACCUCGCUGACAUCGUCCGGGCGGGCGGGCGCGGCGGUCCGUCGAGCACCGAGCUCCCGAUCGCCGACUGGCAGCAGCUCCUUUCGGAGCCCAUGACCUUCCCACCAUCAACCCAGGGCCCGACCAGCGACUUCGGCGACCCCUUCGCCAACCUCCGAGACCCGCUGCUCGACCAAUUGGUCGGCUCCGAGGUCUUCGACGACCCAAGCACGAGAUCGGGCCCGGUCAACAUGAGCUCUGAGGGUGGCGAUGCCGGCGGCGGUAAUGGUCUCGUAAAACAGAAGAAGAAGAUGCUGAUGGGUGAGGAGAUGACGAGACCUUGUAACAUCUUCUCCAGGGUUCUUCAGAUCUCGCCAGGCACCAGCAAGACUACUCCGCUCUCACCGAGGGCGAUCAGGCCUUCUCCGAUAGUAACCGGUGAGAUGGUGAAGAUGGUUGCUGGCUCGGUGGGCUGCCAAGUGGAUCCCACUGCUGGGGUGCAGAUCUCCUCCCCUCGAACUACUGGGAUCAAGAGAAGAAAAAGCCAGGCAAAGAAAGUUGUCUGCAUUCCAGCACCAGCAGCAGCAACCAGCAGACCUAGUGGAGAGGUUGUUCCUUCUGAUCUAUGGGCUUGGAGGAAAUAUGGUCAAAAACCCAUCAAGGGCUCCCCUUAUCCAAGGGGCUACUACCGAUGUAGCAGUUCGAAAGGAUGCUCGGCAAGGAAGCAAGUCGAGCGAAGCCGAACCGAUCCCAACAUGUUGGUGAUCACCUAUACAUCGGAGCACAACCACCCCUGGCCGACUCAAAGGAAUGCACUCGCCGGAUCCACAAGAUCCCAACCUUCAAAGAGUAGCUCUUCAUCCUCAAAGAACUCCCCUCACAACCAAAAACCGCACAGUACAGGCCUUAAAGAAGAGUCCAAGGAGACAACAAGCUCGAGCGCUCCUGCGAUAAAAGAAGAAAUGAGUGAAUUGGAGAAGGCCAUAGAUCCAGUCGAAGAUAAUGAAUUCGAUCAAGUGUUCCAGCAGAGCUACAACCCCAUCAUCCCAGACUCGGAUCAGCCCGAUGACUUCUUCGCAGAUUUGGCAGAGCUGGAGCCCGACCCAAUGAGCCUCAUCUUCUCCAAAGGAUUCAUGGAAACCAAGCCGGAUGAGGAGAGAGGAGAGAGAGCUUCGGAUCCGUUCAGCAUGUUUGAUUGGCCUGGGAACUCAUUUGGAGAAGCUAGGAAAGGUUUAUAACAAGAUCUUGGCACAACAAAACACCUUAUAAGAAAGACAACCCUUUGUUUAUUUUAUGGAGGUGCAGUUUUGUCCCAAGGUCUGGGUAUAAACCUUUUUUAAGUAUUAAGUUUGAAACUUGAUGUCGGGGUAAGGGUCUCUUUCUGUUAUCUUUCCUUUUUCUUGUUAUUUAACAGAUCGGUUUAUAGAUUAGGGGAAAAAGAAGGGGGUUGUAGGUGAAUUGGGAGCAGGCUAUGGUAGACCCACAUCCUUGGAAUAUUGGAGGAUGGGACAGAAAGCUGAGGAACAGAAGCUUUCUACAGUUAGAACAAGUACACGUCUUAGAUGUGACUGAAAAAGCCUUCACGAGGAAGUUGAGAUAGUGUCGAUAUGGGGUGUGAGCUUUUCUUUUCGCUUCAUCUUUCCCUCUCUCUUCUUUCCAAGUGCGGAACAUAAUUCAAUCCUAGUGAAGAUUUCAAAUAAAGGAAGGAGCAUGGCUUGACUUGCUUUGCCAUGCCAUAAAGAAGGUGGCCAAAAGACUUGGAAUUAAGAAAGAGAGAUGAGCAUGAAAAUCUUGAUUUUUCUUCUAAUAAUAUCUUGCAUGUGCUACGAGCAGAUGAGCUUGGAGCUGGGACUUUGGAAGAAAAUGAGAUUAGGGCAGCUCUUUUGUUCCUCAGCUUUCUAUUUCCUAUCCCUUUGAUUUUUCAGCAUUGGAGUUCUGCUUUCAGUGUAUUAAGUAUUAAAUAUUGUUAUGAAAACAAUACUUUCACACCCUAA